AUGUGGAUUUUUCAUACAAGUUACAAAACGCUUCAUGAAAUCUUUAGGAUAUCAGCUCAGUUGUCAAAUCCUCUUCAAUAUGAUCCUUUUGAUCCAAGUAAUUCCACAUGGAUGGCGGUCUAUUGGACAAGCCUAACUGUUUAUCUAGCAGUAUUAAUGAUAAUCGAUGUGCCUUUUAUUUCAAGUGUGAAACAGCUAGACGAUAGUGAAGCCAAUUCAGGUAAGCACCAAUCGAUGACUGGUACCUGUCACAAAUAUAAUCACGAAAACGUUAGCUAUAAUGAUCAAGAGGAAUCUAAUCACACCAAACUACUAAUAACACAAAGACAGAAACGCUCACAGAUACCUUCAAGCUACCCAGAUAUGAAAAACAAACCAUACAUCCCAAAUUUGAAAAACUAUUCACUAUUAAAAAAUUAUCCUUUCCUUGAACGAAAACAGAAAGGAAGUAACAGUCAGUCUAGUUCUUAUUUUAGUACAUUCAGAUCUAAUUCCUCAUUUGGAGUUGGGGAUGUGAAGACAAAUCCUAUUAAUAAUAUGCCUCCAGAUCUUUCAACAUCGACUUAUGCUUCUCAUUCUGCAACACCAAAAUCGUCGUUGAAACCAAACUCUCCAGCUCAAGAAGUUAUAAGCGAACCCGACUUUGAUCCCGAUCAAUCAGUGUACAUAACUUCUGUGAAAAAUUCUACAGCUGUUAUUCCAUGUAAGGUCAAUCAUAUUGACUUCUCCUCCACAGUGAUGUCAUGGUGGAAAGAAGACUUGCCAAUGCCAUUGACGGUGGGAAAUGAAAUAUCUCUUCCACGUUAUGAAAUCGACGAAAAAUUCUUCUACCUCAAAGUUAUUGCUCAGGAAACUGAACCGGAUGCGACUAAACUGAAUGAUGAAUAUGUGAAAGAUGAUACAGUUGCGAAUACGCUUUGGAGAGCAUCAAGUAAAAGAAAAAGUGUCCACAUUUUUAGUUAUCCUGGUCAGUUUCCUUCUCUGACGUGUAUAGUUCAAUUUAGUCACCCAACAUCAAUGUCCUCCAUUCACUGGUAUCACAAUGGUAACAGGAUAUAUCCUAAAAUGGACAGUACAAUUUAUGAGAAUCCGAAAAUGUCAAUUAUUGAUAAUAAUCUAAAAAUGAAGGAAUUGUACACGGAUGUACAAAGGAAGUGGAUUGAUCAAACAACCCUUGCAAGCAGAUUGAACAUUGGCCAGUUGACAACGCACAAUUCAGGGAUAUGGACUUGUCGAAAAAUACCCGGUACACAGGUGGAAUCUAUCGAAGAAAGUUCAGUCAACUUACAACUGACAGGUUCCAGUGCGGCAAGUACUAGCGAGAAUGAUUCCUUCGGGCGAAAUAAAGGCAAAUCUCCAAGUAAAAGGAUUUCAUUUUCCAGCAUCAACUUACACAGUUUGAUAUUUUUACACUGUAUUUUUCAUAAAAUAUUUCCUCUUUGUGUAUAA